AAUCAACAAUUCUAAGAACGCGUUGAUGAUAAACUAUAACAACACAAUGAACACGUUUAGAUUGUCGUUAUAUGUGUGCUUGAUAAUGAGUCAUGGCAUGGCCGAAGCGAGCAAUAUUGAGUGGCGGAAUCAAAUGGAAGAGACGAGUCUGGUCAAGCGGAGGCAUGCACCAGUGGAGGAAGAGACGAGUCUGGUCAAGCGGAGGCAUGCACCAGUGGAGGAAGAGACGAGUCUGGUCAAGAUCAAAGUUGGUACAGCGCUGCCUCCUUCAUCCAUCAUACCUGGCAUCUUACCCCCUAGGAAAUACGCGUCCGUGGCGGUGGUGGGGGUGGAGGGUCGCACAGCUCACCUACCCUGCAACAUGAGCGCCCCAAGCGGCGACGCGGUGUCCCUCGUGCUGUGGUUCAGAGACGGUCUCGCCACCCCCAUCUACAGUUAUGACCUGCGCGAACUGUCGGGGCCGCUGCACUGGCACGACGCUGCCCUGCUUGGGGCACGAGCGCUGUUUAAAGCCGAGCCAGAGUCGCAAUACCUGCAGCUAACCGACCUUGUUGCGGCCGACGCCGGCCUCUACAAAUGCAGGGUGGACUUCAAGCGAGCGGCCACCAUAAACAACCGCGUCAACCUAACUAUAGUGGUGCCCCCGACUGCGUUGGUCCUACAGGACGAGGAAGGCAUGCCAGUGCACUCUGUUCUGGGUCCUGUGAUGGAAGGUACCAACCUGAGGGUAUCCUGCGUCGCGUCGGGCGGCUCACCACCCCCGGACCUCGACUGGGUGGUGAAAGACGAGCUGGUGACCGCAGCUCACCAGACCAGGACGGCAGGAGUGACCAUCAGUCACGUCGUGCUCAAAAAUUUACCCCGCGAAUACGUCAUGACUGAAAUUUCCUGCAGAGCUCACACGGCUUCCGUCGCCAAGCUUAUGGUCGCCUCCGCUACCAUCGAUAUGAAUUUACGGCCGCUGGAGGCGGUGAUCAGUGAGCCGGUGGAGCCGUUCUCGGCAGGCCGCACCUACGACCUCAUGUGCACCUCUCGCGGCUCCCGCCCCCCGGCCCUCAUCACCUGGUGGAGGGGCGCCCGCAGACUGCGGCCCAUCGCAGACCAGACGUGGCAGGAAGGCAACGUGUCGCGUUCAGUGUUGCGCUUGGCCAUCAACGCGAGUCUGCACGACCAGACUGUGGCUUGCAGAGCGCACAACCCCAAGAUCCCUGAGGCGGUCGUUGAGGACAGCCUUAAGCUCUCUGACAGCCUCAAGCUCUCUGUUUACUACGUGCCCGAGGUCUCAGUGGGCUUUGGAGCCUCUCUGGACCCCGCGAAUAUCAGAGAGGGCGACGACGUUUAUUUCGAGUGUUUCAUCAACUCGAACCCACCGGCCUACAAAGUUACGUGGCAGCACGAGGGCCAAGAGGUGCGACAAGACCGCGAUGCCGGCGUACUCGUGACGCAAAACAGCCUCGUACUACAGCACGUUCACCGCAGGCAUGCCGGCGGUUACUCCUGCAAAGCCAGCAACGUGGAGGGCGACAGCAUCAGCAAACCGAGAAUGCUGAAAAUCCUCUACGCGCCGGUCUGCAGCCCUGCUCAGGUGCAGACGUACGGUGCAGCCGUGGGGGAAAGUGUGACCGUCACGUGCAAUACGGAGGCCGUGCCUACGGCCUCGCGUUUCUACUGGACUUUCAACAACACAUCAGAAACUUUCGAGGUUCCUGAGUCACCCUUGACCGGCCCUAAAGACAUCAGUCAUCUUGAGUAUAUCCCCAAGAGUGACUUCGAGUACGGCACAUUACAAUGCAGAGCCGAGAACGCGGUCGGCAGACAACGGGAGCCUUGCAUGUUUCAAGUUGUCCCUGCAGCUCGUCCUCAGCCCCCAAAUGAAUGCAAGGUGACGAACGUGACUCCUAGCAGCGUGGCGGUGACAUGCAAGCCUGGUUUUGGAGGCGGACUGCCUCAAACUUUCCAUAUGGAAGUCAGGUCCGGCAGGCCAGACACACUGCAGGCAAACGUGUCCGCAUCCAGCCCUAAGUUCCAGGUGUCAGGACUGGAGAGCGGGGCUAGCGUGCAGCUCCUGAUUUACUCCGGCAACUCGCGGGGACGCUCGCUGCCCGGCGUCAGACUUGACGUCGACCUGCCCAGCCUGCCCGUGAAACAGCUCGAGACUCGCCAUGAUACAGAAGGAAGCUCAGUACAGACACACAGCGACCCUGGCGCUGCAGCGGCACUCAACUACGCGAGCCUGCUGGGCGCAUUCGCUGGCACCAUCACUGCCGUGCUGGCACUCACCUUCGUCGCAGUCCUGUCUUUCAGAAAGCGAUGCUGUCACCGACAACAGCAGCAUCUCUCAGACCAAAACGAUCAGUUGACAGACUCGCAGACCUACGCUCCUAACACCAGCGGAGACCUUAGCCUUCCUAAAGAAUCUGAAGUAGCACCAAUAUCUGUCACCGACUCGCUCAGUAUUGACGCUGGGACCUACAGAAAAAAGAAGCAGAUAUCUUUAAACCUCUUUGAAAAUACAGAGGGAGAAGCCACCAUCAUGUCGAGUCCUAUGACAUCUCUCACGCGAGAUUGUCCCUUCAAAGGAAGCCACAAGACAAAAGUAUCCGGAGAUCCUAUUUGUUUCUCCACAAAUGCUCUCGAAACUCCAGUGGUGGCGACCACGCUUCCUCACUUUUCGAACCGAUCGUUUAUCUUUGACGAAAAAGGAUCUCAAAACCGACGAUUGAGUUCAUCAACUCCCCCGGAGCCAGCUCCUCCAGAUCCAGUUUUGCAAAAUUCCGUCUCUAAAGUGACGUUAUCUCCUUUUAUGCUGACGUCGCAAGAGCCUAGCUUACUUCAUCUGGACAUGGGAGCGACACUCGUGAGUAGAAACUACUCUGCAUCUCGCGCUCUGCCAGGUAUGAGUUCUGUCAUCCAGAAACAUGAAGCCUCUCCAUUACCUGCUAGUGGCCAAAGUGGACUUCAGUCCUCGAGUUUGCAUGGGACUGACGAGGACGGCCGGAGAGAGAGUUCAGUGUGACGUUGGUAGGCGGCAGUCUUGUUUUCCGGCUGCUUCUUCAUAGAAACUCUCACACAAACGUUCGUCAUAUGUUAACUUGUGUUAAUUAAACUAAAUGUGCGCGGAAUUAUUUUUUGAGUUUCAGGCAUGAAUUAGGCUGCAAUUAUCUAGUUUUUAAAUUACAAGCAUAAUUUAUAACUUUUACCAAAUUUUGUUAUCUUUUACAUUCUAAAGUCUAAUAGAACAUUACUUAAGCAACAUUAUAUAUGGGCAAUUUAAAUAAACAGGAAAACUAGUGACAAAUCAACUCUUCUUAUUUUUUGCACAAUUUUCACAGUUCAUUCUUUUCUCAGUUAGUUCGUUCAUCAUGUGAAGAAUUCAAUUAGAACAUUUCACAGCUCUAAUACUCAUUGCUUUGAAAAAGUAAUGAAACUUUUUAAAAUUUCCACGUUUAUUUUUUCCUAUAAAAAGUAUUUCUCUAGCCGUUGUAAUAGACCAGCACUGGGAAGUUUGAAUAGCUUGUUAUAAAGAAUGACAAUCAUCGCUCAAUCAAAGUUCGAUUAAAAAUUCUAUUCGCUAUUUACCAGAGAGAAAAUAAUGAUUUUAUCAAGGAACACUCUAAUACAUAAUAGAUUUUUUCUCUAUGCCUGCUCACAAAUAUGAAUUGGCUGAGGUAUUACUUGCUUCUGUAAUUUAUUUUUCACCGGACUUUGAUAAUGGUUCUAUCAAAAAUGACUUUAAUUUUUCUGUAAUAUGAGUUAAACUUACAUAAAUUUCAGCUGCUAAUCUAGUCUUUGAUUUAAAUUAUUACCACCUUACAUAAAUUUUACAUUUUGUGCGGCCGAUGAAGCAUUUCAAAAGUUUGGAGAACAUUGAUUUUAUGGAUUUAGAAUAAUUAUUUUUUUCAACUGUAAAAUUAUUUUUUUCAACUGUAACUGACAAGCAGGAAAUUUUAUCAGGGACUUAGGCAUUAUUGCAUCACAAUCACGUCUAUUGUGAGGAUUGUGCGUGUAAGUUGGUACAAUUACAUGUUUAUGCUGUUUUAAAUGAGAUGUGUCAUCACUUGGCAAUUGUUUUCUA